CGGAAGACGCCGGUCAACGAGGUGACGGAGCUGGUGGGAAUGGCGCUUCUGGCGAGGCCGAAGACGGUGCGGCGCAACAUAGAAGUAGAUCCCGAAGUGGUAUCGGCCGGGAAACUGCGGAACUCGGAGGUUUUAUUUGGGUCGCGGAGCUAUGCGCUUUUGGUGCAGUUGGUGGAGAGGCUCGUGUCGCUUUUGUUGAGAGGAGGAUUUGGCUUGUUGGUACGCACACAGUCGUGCAAGUAGGACAGUGGUGUUGAAUGAUGAUGGUCAGGAUCAACCAAAGCUUAG